AUGUCGUCCGGCACCAUGAAGUUCAAUGGCUACUUGAGGGUCCGCAUUGGCGAGGCCGUGGGGCUGCAGCCCACCCGCUGGUCCCUGCGCCACUCGCUCUUCAAGAAGGGCUACCAGCUGCUGGACCCCUACCUGACGGUGAGCGUGGACCAGGUACGCGUGGGCCAGACAAGCACCAAGCAGAAGACCAACAAACCCACGUACAACGAGGAAUUCUGCGCCAACGUCACCGACGGUGGCCACCUCGAGCUGGCUGUCUUCCACGAGACGCCCCUGGGCUACGACCACUUUGUGGCCAACUGCACCCUGCAGUUCCAGGAGUUGCUGCGCACGGCCGGCGCCUCGGACACCUUUGAGGGCUGGGUGUUAUCCUUCCCACUCUUAUGUGAUGAAAUGAUAAUUAUAAUGAAGUGGUCUGGCCUGGCAAAAUGGAGUAAGCCCUUUGAAGAGUCUCGGGAGUUUAAUGAUUUAAAUUCUGGAGAAUUAAUAGAAGAGAACUUUUUCAACGUGGUGAAGGACAACUGUGAAAAACCUACAGCACCCCAGGCCCAGGCCAAAGCCAGGACUGCCUUCUCCACCUGGGAGAAGGUGGAGGUCCCGUACCUGGGCCGCCAAGUUGUGCAGGGAAGACUUGCACCUGGGCAGGUUGAUGCUGUCCAUUUCAUCCCCCUUCUACUGAACACUUACUCCAAGCAGUUGGUUCUCCAGAAGGCCUUUCCACCCCCUCAUUCAAAUGACUGCAUCUGA